AUGACUGAACCCUUGUACUCCGACUUCAACGGCCCCAAGGCAGAACAGAACAGCCAAGCACUGCUCCGUGGUCUCUAUGAAGGCGAGACAGCGGAUCCUUACCUGGUGUCAUUCCUGGAUCAUUGCCAACGGCCGGAGGGCUUGGAAGACCAGCCACUGGAAGUGGAUCUGGAGGACCAUGUUAGCUUCUGGCGUAAGAUGGGGGAACACAAAGGUUCGGAGCCACACGGCUUGCAUAAUGGCCAUUUCAAAGCGGGAGUAGCAUCCAACUUGCUUGCCUGCUGUGACACAAUCUUUCGCUCCAUCCCUUUUGCUACAGGAUUUGUCCCAGCCCAGUGGUGCCACUUGCUCAACUUUGCAAUUGAGAAGAAACCAGGCGAGAUUCGGGUGGACCUCAUGCGCACGAUUCAAAUGAUGAAUUCAGAGCUGCAGGCCAACAACAAACGAGAGGGGAAAUCGGCCAUGGCCUAUGCAGAGUAA